AUGAGUGUCAAUCUAUCAACUAGACAAGCAUUUCUCUCGGCCAAUUGUUAGUUAGGUGACAAUAUAAGCAACUUGACAUAUAUAAGCCACUUGUGCUUCUUUCAUGUGAAAAUUCAAAAGCCCACCUUAAAGUUCUAUUUGCGCUUCCCUAUAAAUCUUAGUACAAGACCCAAGUUGAAGAAACCAUCAUUUAUUGAUCAGACAAGAUGGUGGAGCUGAAAGAGAAAAGCAAGGAGUUUCUGAACAACAGAUGGCUAGUUUUUGUGGCUUCUAUGUGGGUUCAGAGUUGUUCUGGGAUUGGAUAUCUGUUUGGGAGUUUAUCACCUGUGAUCAAGAAGAGUAUGGGUUAUAAUCAGAGGCAGCUAGCUAUGUUGGGUGUGGCUAAAGAUUUGGGUGAUGCUAUUGGGUUUAUUGGGGGGAGUUUAUGUGAGGUUGUGCCUAUUUGGGCUGUUCUUGCUAUUGGGGUGGUUCAGAAUUUUGUUGGGUAUGGUCUUGUUUGGCUCAUUGUCAGUCGUAUAUUGCCUGCUGCGCCUUUGUGGGUGCUAUGUAUCCUAAUAUUUGUUGGAACAAAUGGAGAGACCUAUUUCAAUACUGGAGCUCUUGUUGCCUGUGUCCAGAACUUUCCCAAAAAUCGUGGCCCUGUUGUAGGCAUACUGAAGGGGUUUGCUGGGCUGAGUGGGGCAAUUAUGACCCAAGUUUAUCUCAUGUUCAACUUUCCAAGUGAGACGUCGCUGAUUUUGACAAUUGCAGUUGGUCCAACAGUAAUCAUUACUGCUGUAAUGUUUCUAGUUAAACCUGUGAGAGGUCACCGACAAGCUAGGGAUACUGAUAAUUCCAGUUUUUUAUUUGUCUAUGGUGUUUGCCUUGUUCUUGCAGCUUAUUUGUUAGCAUUUAUGCUGCUUCAGGAUUUGACAAAUAUGAGUCAAGUCAUUGUUAAUGUAUUGACAGUUGUGUUGCUCUUUAUCAUAUUGCUUCCAAUCCUAGUUCCUAUUACUUUGGUUUUUACUCCGGCACCUAAAUCUCCAACUGAGGUGAGCCUUCUCCCCGAGCCUCAAAAUCAAGAUACAAGUCAGCCUGAACCAAAUGAGGUCAUUUUCAGUGAGUUGGAAGAUGAAAAAACCUCAGAAAUAGAUGCACUUCCAGUAGUGGAGAGACAAAAGAGAAUUGUUCAUUUGCAAGCCAAACUGUUUCAAGCAGCUGCUGACGGAGCAGUGAGGGUCAAGAAGAGAAGAGGACCACGUAGAGGAGAGGACUUCACCUUAAUGCAAGCAUUACUAAAAGCAGAUUUCUGGCUAAUCUUCUUUUCCCUUGUACUGGCUUCUGGUUCUGGUUUGACAGUAAUGGAUAAUCUAGGACAGAUGUCUGAAUCUUUGGGAUACGAAAAUACACAUAUAUUUAUAUCCAUGAUUAGCAUUUGGAACUUUCUAGGACGUGUUGGUGGAGGUUACUUUUCCGAAAUUAUUAUAAGGAAAUAUACCUAUCCAAGGCCAAUAGCGAUGGCUGUGGUUCAGGUCAUGAUGGCGAUUGCACUCUUCUUCUAUGCUAUGGGGUUACCUGGGGCGAUUUAUGUCCUCUCUGUGCUGAUGGGACUUGGAUACGGAGCACACUGGGCUAUUGUUCCUGCUGCAGCCUCCGAAUUGUUUGGUUUAAAAAGUUUUGGUGCACUAUACAAUUUCCUUGCAUUGUCCAGCCCAACUGGUUCUUUAAUCUUCUCCGGUAUCAUUGCUAGUGGUAUAUAUGAUUCCGAAGCAAGGAAACAAGCUUCUAUCAAACAUCAAAGUAUAGGAUAUAUGGGAGAGGACGAUUCCCUUACCUGUUAUGGCACAAUUUGCUACUCACUGACUUGCUGGAUUCUGGGAGGACUUUGUAUUGUUGCAUCUAUCUUGAGUUCUAUAGUUGUUUAUCGGACAAAAAGAGUCUAUGCUCAGCUCUACAGAAAUCCUAGGGGAUAAGCUGCUCAAGGAACAGGUCUCUACUUUGGUACAAUUUUUUCUCAUUGCUUAAUCAUUCUUGAGUGAAAUUCUCUCACGACCGGCUCAAAUGAUCCAUGUUAUCAGUUCAUUGAGACACAAAAGAUUCAUAUUUCAAAGAUCAUAAACCUCAGUGAAAGUCAUGUUCACCGCGAUUUUAGUGUUUAUUUUGAGACAGCUAUGCUGAGGAUUAAGUUGUGCUUUGCCCUAUUAUCUGCAUAUGGAUUAGCUGCAGCUUUAGGCCAAAUUUGUUCCAUAUGUAAAAUAUGUUACUGUCAUAAACUUCCACCAGUUGUAUCUUUAUACAUUCUCACAAGAUUAUUGUAUUGAAUUUCUCUAUUUCACAUGUUAAAUAUAUUUUCUUUGAAAAAUAU